AAUAUGCCACCUGUGGUGCGCUACAUCUCACUUAGUUCUUCUACAAGUGGUAGACGGUCUUUUCGAUAGUAUUAGCACAUCCAGCACAGGACACAGAUUCUGGCUAUGACUAAUAUCUGACAUUUUAAGUUGUCUAUAAAAAGUUGACGACCUCCUGCUUCAGCGUUUCCCUGCGACUGUGAAGCACGUUGCUGACGUAAACUGUCGGUGCGGGAGGGGGGAAGGUGACGCUGAUACUCUCAUACAAGUCGGAGCCGAGAAAGAGGAAUAGCGUUUUGUUUCUUUUUUCUUUAAUUUUUGUCCUUUUAUUAUUUGGCUGUUUAUGUUAAUUAUUUAGCAGUUCCGCCCAGUCACACCUGGUAGCCAUCCGUUUGGCAGCGUAAGCGUUUACGCCGCUGUCUCCUCACGCGGCGCUAUUUUGACAGUCGGGGUCGCAGUGAAGUAGCAGCGGCUAACAGCACCAUUACACUGGCAGCGGGCUCCUGGCUGUGGGGACAUACCAUGCUGCUGCACUGAGCCAGAGGAAGAAUAAAGAGAGAGUUCUCUGCGGAAGCUAAGCACCAUCACAGCUGUUGACGUUUGCUAUGGAAGUUACAUUGCCCUGUGCUGCAGCUCAUCCCUGUGUCUGACCAUAGUGGGUUCCCGUCAUCUUCCUGUGUUUGGUUCCCAUUCAGAUUCACUGCACAGAACAGAGACCAGCACAGAUCUGGUGCAACAUACAGCCAUUCCUGGGUCCUCCGCCCUUCCCCCUCCCCUAGUCCCACCCUCUCCCUCUCCCCCAAGAAGAUGUCAGUGAGCCUGACGCCAGACAUCCAGCAGGAAGGAGAGAGUGGGCCACACAUUGAGCCCUGCAGUCGAGGCAAGACCUCCCCUCAACCACAGGGCACUAAGGAGGGAACAGGGGAGAGUCUGGAGCCUGAGGAUGGCACCUUACAAGAUUUACAGAAACGAGGUCCGAACCAUAGCCAUAGCAGAAAAAGGUCCAAGUCAAAUGCCAAACUGAAGCUGGUACGGAGUCUGGCGGUGUGUGAAGAGUCCUCUGGUCUGUUCUCCAACGAUGGACUUCCAGAAACGGACAUCAUUCAACUUCACAUCAGCUGUCCAUCAGACAAGGAGGAGGAGAGGUCCUCUAAGGACGAGUAUGAAAAUGAUGAGAAAGAGAAGAAGGACAAGGCUCCGAGAAAAAUGCUGUCACGGGAUUCCAGUCAGGAAUACACUGAUUCCACGGGUAUCGAUGUUCAUGAGUUUUUGGUCAACACACUGAAAAACAAUCCCAGGGAUCGAAUGAUGCUGCUCAAACUAGAACAAGAUAUCCUGGAGUUCAUCAAUGACGACAAUAACCAGUAUAAGAAGUUUCCUCAGAUGACUUCUUAUCAUCGUAUGCUGCUGCAUCGUGUUGCUGCCUACUUCGGGAUGGACCACAAUGUGGAUCAGACCGGGAAGGCUGUUAUUAUCAACAAGACGGGCAACACGCGCAUCCCGGAGCAAAGAUUCUCAGAACACAUCAAGGAUGAACGUAACAUGGACUUUCAGAAGAAGUUUAUCCUGAAGAGAGAUGAUGCCAGCAUGGACAAGGACGAUAAUCAGAUUCGUGUCCCACUGCAGGAUGGGCGACGUAGCAAGUCCAUUGAAGAGAGGGAGGAGGAGUAUCAGCGAGUACGAGACCGAAUCUUUGCCAGAGAAGUGUCAUUUUUUUUACAGUCUUCUCAAAAUGGAUACAUCAAUGACAACAGAGGGAACCGUGACAGCUCCAGCCGAGCGUCCAGCAGCCGCCAGAGCAGCACAGACAGUGAGAUGAAGUGCCUGGAGCCACGGCCCUGGAGCAGCACCGACUCGGAAAGCUCGAACCGAACUCUACGGCCGCCGGUCACUAAGGCCAGCAGCUUCUCCGGUAUAUCCAUUCUUACCAGGGGAGAUAGCCUCGGUAGCAACAAAGGCUCACAGGGAAGCUGCAAAGGCUCCCGUACUGGUCUGUCCCUAGUUAGUCCUGAUAUCUGCCCCCCACCCUCAGCCUCCCAGUCCAGCUGUACUUUGCUUCCCUGCCCGUCACAACAGCCACAGCAGCCACAGGCACCGCCUCAGACAGCCUUGUUGCCCACCCCACAGCAGCACGCCAUGGGCAACCACAUGAUUGCUCAGCCGGUGGCGUCACUGCAGCCCUCUCAGACUGUAUCCUACUCCAGCCCUUCCUGCCCCCAGGUUCUCCUGCCUGUUUCUCCUCCCCAGCAGUACACUAUGGCAGAAGAGCUGGCUCCUCAGUUCACCCAGAUGACACUGAGUCGGCAAGGAUCCAGUGAGAACCCUGAGCCUCCCCCAAUGUAUCAGGCUCCUCCAACAGUGCUCUCCCAGCACCCCCCACCUCAGACCAGUUACAUCAUGGCUACCACGGGUCAGCCCAUGCCACCUCCGUCUGGCUACCAGCCCGCCACUGGACACCCUCACCCACCACCUCCACCACCUCCUCCAUCACAGCCUGUCAUGCAAGCUCCACCGCCUCCACAAGGCUACAUGCAACCACCCCCGCCGCAACAGAUCCAGGUGUCCUAUUACCCUCCUGGUCAGUAUCCCAGUUCAGGCCAACAGUACCGUGUUCCCCAGCCCAUGUCUCACCAGGUGUCUUAUCCUGCCCAGCGCACUCAACCUAUGCCUCAGCCCACACAACAGUCGGGUCUCCAAACAAUGAUGCCGAGCCAGCAGCAGAGUUACCAGAGUAUGAUGGGUGUGCAGCAGCCCCAAAACCCUGGUCUGCUCAAUUCCCAGAGGGCCGGCAUGGGUGGACAAAUGGGGGGACAAAUGCAGAGCAUAAUGGUCCAGUACCCACAGAUGCCAUCAUAUCAGGUGCCAGUGGGGAAUGAAAAUCAGCAGGUGGUGCAGCAGCAGUACCAGCAGCAGGUGAUGGUUCCAGUCAGCCAGUCGGUUCAGGGACCAAUGCCUGUCUACUACAGUGUUAUCGCACCUACACAGCAGAAUAGCACAAGUCCAUCUGUCAGUUAUCUGCAGCCCCCCAGCAAUGAGCAGUAUCAAAUCACACAAUCGCCAUCUCCAUGCAACCCUCCGCAGUUGCAGCAGCAAUAUUCAGGGGUCCCACCUCCUGGACCUGGGGUGAUGGUCAUGCAGCUCAGCGUCCCCAAUGGACCACAGCCUUCCCAGAAUCCUCCUUUGGUCCAAUGGAAUCCAUGCAAGUACUACAGCAUAGAGCAGAGACCCAGCAAGCCAGGGGAGCUCUACAAACCUGAAAACACUCCACAGGCCAGUACCCAGCUGACAAGUCCUCUGGCCUCCCCCACUCAGUCUCCCACCCCGUCUCCUUCUGGCAGUGUCAGCAGCGUCUGUCCAGGCCUUGGACCACUACCCCUCAUUUCCCAGUUUCCCCGGCCAGGAGGACCAGCCCAAGGUGAUGGUCGCUACUCCCUGUUGGGUCAGCCUCUCCAGUACAGCCUUUGUCCACCUCCCCUCAUACACGGCCAGUCCUACAGCUCUCACCAGGGCCAAGGCGUCAUGAAACACGGGGCACGAGGAAAGAAGCAAACACUCAAAUCUGCAUCAACAGAUCUUGGCACGACUGAUGUUGUGUUAAGUCGAGUGCUCGAAGUAACAGACCUGCCAGAAGGAAUUUCACGUCCAGAUGCUGAAAAGCUCUUUAACCAGCUGUCAAUGUGCGGUGCCAAGAUCCAGUGGCUGAAGGAGCCGCAGGGAGUGCGAGGAGGAGGAGUCUGCGGCCCCUGUCCCAACGUAGGUCCUCUAGGGCCCGGGGUCGGUAUGAUGGCUGGAGGAGCCAAGGGUGAAUGUAAUGACCCGGCUCACCUCUACACGGUGGUGGCAGUGUUCCCCAGCACCAUGGCCGCCCAGAGUGCUUCCUUCAAACUCAACAACAGCGGGGCCAGUCUCUUCAAACUGAGGGCAGCCAAAAAGAACUAUGACCUGCGUGUGCUGGAGAGGGCCAGCUCACAGUGAAAGGAGCUGAGAGGGGGGGGAGGAAAGAAGGAAAGUGGAAGAGACAGAAACAAAGAGAGACUCCUGGUGGAUCAGUGGAGAAGGGAGCAAGACUGAGGAGGACUGCUCUUAGUGUACAAUUUAAAAACAGACAAAAAAAAACCAACAAACAAACUCCAGUUUAAUGUAUAAAAGGGAAGAAGGUGUGAAUCAUAAGGUGGCUGGUGUUCGGUUGCAAAUCUGAUUUUGUCGUUUGUUUUUACUCAUAGUUUUUGUUUUGUAUUUAUAUAGCAGAAGAGCACACAAGACACGUGAGCAUGUGUUUCACUGUUGCCGUGGAAUGUGUGCUGCCGUCAUACAGAAUCAUGCGAACAUGCGCACACACACACACACGACCACAGACACAAACCAGGAGACACACAAACACAGGCAACAGGGUCACGUAGCACAUAACCAAGAACACACUGGACAGUUGACCUCAGUCGGAAAAUCUCCUCUCCAACCCUUGCUCCUCCAUCUGCCCUCUCUCUCUUUCUUUCCUUCUUUCUUUCUCUCUCUGUCCCUCCUUCCCUUUCUCUCUCCCUCUUUCUCCCCUCCCUCGCCCAGUUGUCUCCUGGUCUAACAUAUUUAUACAUUUUCAUAUGCACAGUUGCACACUCACUCUUUCUGCUCCUCCCUGCUGCUCCUCCCUCUUUUCUAGCCAUGUCUCAUACUGCCUCCUGCUUCCUCUGCUCCUCUCUCUCUCCCUCCCCUCUAUCCUCUUGCUUUCUGUUUGCCUUACUGCUGUUGUGGGUUUCUGUAUUGCGCUGUUUUUUUGGACUUUUUUUUUUUUUUCUCCCUGAAAAAUUCUCUCUUUCGUUUUCUUGGGGUUCAAUAUAUUUAUAUAAGUGAUGUAAGGAAUAAAAGAAAUCUAUAUAUUCAGUGAUCUUUCUUUCUUUACCUGAGUGACAAAGUUUAGGGCCUUCCUGUAUCCUUUUCCUCCCUCUUCCUCUUCAUCCCCUCCUCCUCCUCCUCUUCUGCCCUCUACCUCACUUCCUCUUUUCCCCCAAACUCUCCCACAAAGUGUCCCACUCCCCCCCUCGCUCCACCCCAGCGCCCCGCAGUGUUUGCGUUUAUUUUUUGUUUUUUGUUGACAGCUGUGCAGAACGUAUCAGAAGAAGUAGUUAAAGUGCACAAUGAUUGCAUAUGUCUACUGUAAAUUUUAUUUAAUCUGUUAUUUUUGUUUGUUUUUAAAAAUAUAAAAGUGGAGAAAAAAACGAUCAAA